CUCUGCCUCACUCCGCCGGUCAGGUCGACUUUCUGCCCGCUGUCAGUGCUCCCGAUCCCGGGCAUGCCCCCGCCAUGGUCGACCUAAAUAGCGGCUGGAACUUGUCUUUCGCCGGAUGCGGGUUUCUGGGGAUUUACCACAUUGGAGUUGCUAGCUGCCUGCUGGAAAAAGCGCCCUAUCUUCUGAAAGGGGCCACCAAGUUAUACGGAGCCUCAGCCGGUGCUCUGACCGCCUCGGUGCUCGCCAGCCAGGCAUCCAUAAUAAAAUGUUGUGAAGAUGUGAUCGAGGUGGCCAAAGAGGCCAGGAAGAGGAACCUCGGCCCCCUUCACCCCACCUUCAAUCUGGUCAAGGUGAUAAAGUCUGGCCUGGAUCGUGACCUGCCAUCUGAUGCUCAUGUCCUGGCCUCGGGGCGGCUGUUUGUUUCGCUCACCAGAGUAUCAGAUGGGAAAAACGUCCUGGUGUCGGAGUUCAGCUCCAAAGAAGAACUCAUCCAGGCGCUGGUGUGUAGCUGUUUCAUUCCCAUCUACUGCGGGCUGAUUCCUCCUUCCUUCAGAGGAGUGCGUUACGUGGAUGGGGGAAUCAGUGACAACCUGCCGCAGUCGGAGCUGAAGAACACCAUCACAAUCUCUCCGUUCUCCGGCGAGUGUGACAUCUGUCCCCGCGACAACUCCACCAGCUUCCACGAGCUGCGCUUCACCAACACCAGCAUCCAGAUGAACCUAGGCAACAUGUACCGCCUCAGCAGGGCCCUUUUCCCACCCGAACCCAAGAUACUGGCUGAGAUGUGUCAGAGCGGCUAUAAGGAUGCUCUUCGCUUCCUAGAAGACAACAACCUGACAAUGCUGGAGCACCCGACAGCUGGCCCCUCAAUGCCAGAGCCCGCCUGCUGCUGCCAGCAUACGGAAACCACCAAAGAGUGGGUGCUCCGGAGGCUCCGCCUACUGCGCAAACAGCACUGGUGGCUGGAUGAGCAGAUCAAUCUGCCCACGCCCAUCAAGAAAGUGUUCUGCGAGGCCUGCCAAGACAAACCUGGCUUGUACGCCAAGGUGUCCGAGAUGCUGCCAGUGCGAGUGGCCUCCUACAUGCUCAUGCCAUACACACUUCCUGUACAGUCGGCCUACUCAGUGGCCCAGAGGUUAGUUGAGUGGAUCCCAGAGGUGCCAGCUGAUAUGCGCUGGCUGGUCGGGGUGGCAGGGAGCAUGUACCAGCAGGCCUGGAAAGGAGCACCAGCCAACCCUAUCAGUGAGCCUGGGCUGAGGAAGUGCUUGAGCGCGCCGCCUCUACCUACAGAGUGUGACAAACCCAUUCAGAGAGACAACCUGCCAGCACUUUCCUCACUGGAUCUCCAUGGCAACUACUGGGAGAUCCCCAAAUCUACCUCCUCUUCCUCCUCCUCCUCACCCACUCAUCAUCCUCACAUCCCCCCCUCCUCACCACAACAAGUCUGCUUUUUUGUCGGCUCACAGGACGAACUUUAGAGCCAUGUAAACUGAUUCAGGAAAUGCACUUUGACCACGAUGCGGACACAUGUCCACUUCCUGUGGAGCUGGUGGAUUGAUGGGUGGUACAAUAAUUUGAGCAAUAAGCAAUGGUGUUUCAAGCACACACACUUUCAUCUCUCGUCGGUCCAGGAAACACAAACUGUAUUGUAUUUUAAUGAGUGCUCUCUGGAAGACAGCGUCACCUCACCCAGGAUCGCAGAUGUGUUUGAUGACCUGUUUUAAUAUGCAUCACAGAAAUGUGUCUAAUUUUACAACUACAACCCUACCUACCUGUAAAACUAUUCAAAAGUAGCGUGCAAUCCUCAUUCCCACACAGCUGAUUGAAUUUAGAGUAAUUUAUUUGUUUAAAUAAUGAUUUUAAAGUUAAAUGAUGCACCUUAUGGCAGCCAUGUUGGAAGUCUGCCGGCCAUCUUCUUGAAAAAUGUUUAAUCAAGACAAAAAUAUCUAAUUUUAUAUCAAAUCCAACAUGUUUUUGACAGUGUUCCAUCUGUGGCUAUGGCUGCAGAUAAAGCUUGGGCCUUCCUAUACUGUAGUGAGACGGUUAUUAUAACCAAAGCUAUUAAAAAGAAGUAAUGAACUGAAGUGUCCUAGCUGAGACUAUGACAAAGGCUAGACAACUAAAACAAGUCACUUUACCCACUGAUCCCUCACAUCAUUGAAUCUCACGCAGGUUAAAUUAUUGACACAAAGCCUCUGUAGAGUUUCUUGUUGUUACUUAAUUUGCCAAAAGUAUAUAGUGAUGCUGACUGUGCUAAUCAAGAGUGUUAGUGUAAUACUGGUGUAAUCAGGGUGUUUUAGAUCACUCUUCCUUGAAGGUAAAGAGGUUUUGUUUCACUGUGAUACUCUUUAGAUUAAAUAUUUUAAAUUGA